AUGACGGCGAUCCUAUCGCCCGCAAACUCUCCAGCGACGUCGCCGCCCGCCAUAUCGUCGCCGGUGACUGCGAACGCGGCCCACCCCGCACUUCCACCACUCAUCACCUCACCUCCCGCUCGCAGGAGCCAACUUCCUCGCCCAAUGUCGCACGCGUCCAAGAACCGGCUGUCGCAGUACUCGACCACGAGUUCGCUACCCUCACGGUCACGCCCGCCCUCUCACAUCUUCCCCCUCCUCCCCUCGAGCCUGCCCUACACGCUCGUACGAGACUUUGCCUACCCGCCCGGUCACCCGCUUCACUAUGGUCCGCCCCCGGAGCCAUCACGACCGCCCUCGGGCAUGACCACCCCCGCCAGCGAGCAGCGACGUCUCUCGGACCCACCAACCGCCUGGGACAGCCGGGGCUGGGAUGGCCACUUCUGGAGCAGUGGCGGCGGGGGCUCACACGGCAGACCGGCUGAUCUGCCCUCUAUCCAUUUGGCAGACGGCCCACCGUGGAGCGAGGACGAGGAUCUCCAGAGCCCAGUCGUCAGUUCUCGGCACAGGAAGCAUCACAAGACCUCGUCGGGUGGCAUCUACGGCAGGAGUCGGGUUGGCCGUGAGCAGCUCAUGAGCCAGGACCAUUAUGGCGGCGAUAGAGGCUUCUACGUCGGCACCAGCGCCGACGGAGCUGACCGGUACUACAUCAGCCAAGGGAACGAAGCGAACGGCCCAGGCGGCGAAUACGUGACCUAUCCACCGGGACAGGCGGGACACACUGGCAACGGACACGCCGGGAAUGGAAACGAGCCAUACCAAAUCGCCAACCAGCAGCCCAGGGGCUACGCUGACGAGGGAGCCUACGAUUCGGACAACUCGAGCACGUGCUCCUCGCCAGGAUACCACAACGUUGACGAAUCCCGCUAUUCACGGGACUAUCAAUUCACCAUCACGUCUCCCGACGAGGAAAUGCACGGCAAAGCGGUGGCUCUCUUUGAUUUUGAGCGCGAGAACGAGAACGAGCUCCCGCUCGUGGAGGGUCAGAUCAUCUGGGUAUCAUAUCGGCAUGGUCAAGGCUGGCUUGUGGCCGAGGAUCCGAGAACACAAGAGAGUGGGCUUGUCCCUGAGGAAUAUGUUCGGCUGCUCCGUGAUAUUGAAGGUGGCAUGACGAGCUUGACAGGGCAACUGGAUACUACCAGCCCCGGAAGCCCCAGCAAUGCCACAAACGAAGCGGGAACCCCAACUCAAACCGAGUAUCAGCUUCCACAAUCGCCUGCCACAACCGUAGGCUCCGGGUCGACAGUAACAGCAACCGGAACAAACGGGUUUCACCAGCCGGUAGUAUCAACCUUUAGCACGAGCAGCAAGGACCUAGACCCCUACCCACAACACCUGCUGGGUACACAAGCUGGCCAGCCACCUCCACAGGUAGUGCACUACCACGGCCAGCGAGGAGGCUCUCAAGCCAACACGCCAACACUACUCUUCCACAACGAGGCCGGAUUUCUCAGGAGAGGAAGUCAAGACGUGAUAAGCACCACCAAGAAAGGGGAGCCAGGAUUGGAAACGCUACCGGAUGCGAAGCUGGAGAGUACAAAGAGGGCGUCCAGGUGA